GUGUUUCUGGUGACUUACUGAAUAAAGAGUUUCUGAUCUGCUGAUUGAACACAGAGGAGCAGCUAUGAGUCCAUCAGCCGGUGGAUUAGUCGUCUUCCUUCUCUCUGUACAAGUGAUACAGAGUCAGGAUGGAUGGAGAGUGAAUUACCAUCAGACUGACGUCUGUGCUGCAAAAGGAUCAGAAGUGGUUAUAAGAUGUGGCUACACACACCCACCUGGAAUACGUCCCUCUGAUAUAAAGGACAGAUUCUGGUUCACUAAAGAGAAAGAUGGUGAACCUGUGGAUCUGAGAACAGACUCUGAGUAUUCAGGCCGUGUGGAGUACAGAUGUUUUAGUAAGGAUUGUUAUCUGACCAUCACAGACGUGAGAGAGAGCGACUCAGCUGAGUACAAAUUCACAUUGAUGACAAACAAACCAGGAGAGAAAUAUACUGGUUCACCUGGAGUCACUUUGUCCGUCACAGAUUCAGGUCUCCAGGUGCAGGUGAGAAGAUCAGAUUCUACCUGGUUGGAGCUGACGUGUCACAGCAGCUGUGUUCUGUCUGGUCGUCCUGAAUACGUCUGGUACAAGAAUGAAAAAUACAUCAAGACAGGAUCUUCUCUUCCAGUCUCCUCUGGUUCUACAGACAGAUAUUCCUGUUAUUUAAUUGGAUCUCAUGGUCACGGUGGUCCUGCAGUGUAUGGUCCACAGCGUCUCUCUGUGUCAGCGAGUCCCUCUGCUGAGAUGCUGGAGGGCGAUUCAGUGAAUCUGACCUGUAGCGCUGAUGCUAACCCAGCAGCUAACUACACCUGGUACAAGGAGCAUGAAGACUCCCCACGAGCAUCAGGACAGAUCUUCACCAUCACUGACUUCACAGCUGAACACAGUGGGAAUUAUUACUGUGAAGCCCAGAACGAGAUGGGACGUAGUAACUCCACCUUACGUCUGAUUCCUUCUUCAGGAAAAUGGUCAACAACAACAACUGUUUUUGCAUCCAUAUCUGCUGUUCUCCUGCUGAUCAUCAUCAUCAUCAUCCUCGCUGUCCUCCGUCUCUACAUCAGGUGAGCGGUUCAGCUUCACUGUGAUAAA